AUGUGGCCCAUACUAGCAAUUUUUGCGGUUUUAGCUGCUGGAACGCGUGCUGAUAUUAUUGAUCUACGCUGGGUUGUUGCUAGUGAUGACACUAUCCAACCUGCAUCCGUUGAUCAACCGGUUAUAACCAUUAAUGGUAAGUUUCCGGGUCCACUUAUUAAUGCCACAACUAAUGAUAUAGUCAAGGUUAAUGUGUUCAACAAUCUAGACGAAGCUUUUCUUUUCACUUGGAAUGGUAUUCAACAAAGGCUUAACUCGUGGCAAGAUGGAGUUUCAGGGACUAACUGCGCGAUUCCACCGGGCACCAAUUGGACUUAUGCAUUUGUGGCAAAAGACCAGAUUGGUACUUUUAGUUACUUCCCUUCUAUAAACUAUCAGAAGCUUGCUGGAGGUUUUGGAGCUAUUAGAGUUAACAACCGCAUUGUCAUCGCUGUUCCAUUCCCAAAACCCACAGCCGAGUUUGAUCUCCUUAUCAGUGACUGGUUUUCUUCAGAUUAUAGGGUUCUUCGGUCAACGCUUGGAGCUGCAACAGAAAUUCCUGAUAUGAUCUUGAUGAAUGGAAAAGCUCCUUUUGGGUAUUCCACGUCGAAACCUUCUGAGUCGUUUGAGGUCACUAAAGGGAACACAUACCGAUUUAGAGUAUCAAAUGUUGGAAGCAUGUUGAGUUUCAACUUCAGGAUUCAGAACCACCAAAUGGUUUUAGUCGAAACUGAAGGCUCGUACACUAACCAGAUUACAUUAGACUCUCUUGAUGUACAUGUUGGGCAGUCAUAUUCAGUUCUAGUGACUGCAGAUCAAGAUGUUUCUGAUUACUACAUUGUAGCCAGUCCCAAAUUGUUGAACACCUCUGACAACAGCCCACUUGUUGCCAAAGGGGUUUUGCAUUACACCAAUUCGGGUUCACCUGUUAGCGGUCCUCUCCCCAUUGGUCCUGACCCAUGGGAUAUUGAAUUUUCUGUGAAUCAAGCAAGAUCAAUCAAAUGGAACUUGACAGCAGGGGCUGCAAGACCUAACCCACAAGGUACAUUUAACGUCUCGAAUGUGACCUUAUCAGAAACCAUUAUCCUUCACGGAUCAGAAGCCAAUAUUGAUGGCAUGUACCGUCAUGUGGUGAACAAUGUGUCAUAUCUCACUCCAGAGACACCAUUAAAACUUGCUGAUUAUUACGUCAAUGGCUCUGGAGUGUACCGAUUAGGUGAUUUCCCUAUCCAGUCUAUCAAAGACCCUGCCACGUUUGGUGUUUCAGUAGUAAAUGCAGCUCACAAAGGGUGGCAUGAACUUGUCUUUCAAAACGAUCUGACCAUGAUGGAUUCUUGGCAUUUAGAUGGCUCUGGAUUUUAUGUUGUUGGGUUUGGUGAUGGGGAAUGGACCUCAAGUUCACGAAGUACAUACAACUUGUAUGACCCUGUGGUCCGUUCUACGGUCCAGGUCUACCCAGGAGGGUGGACUGCAGUUUAUGUAUUUCUUGACAAUCCUGGAAUGUGGAAUUUGAGAUCACAACAUUUGAAAAAAUGGUAUUUGGGUCAAGAACUUUAUAUCAGAGUUCACGACGAUGAUCCAAACCCUGCUAAAGAAAAUCCUCCACCCGAAAAUCUCCUUUUAUGUGGGAUGUUUGGCACGAUAGCACCGACUGGUGCUCCGGCGCCUCAGCCAGGAGGGUGAUGACAACAAUCUUGUGGCCAGCUUGGUCGUCCUGGCAGCGUUUCAUGAGCAUGGAACUUGUAUCUGCUCUUUUUUGAAAUAAAAUGGGAA